GAAAAUAAAACAAUCACAUACAUUUUCCACAAACCACAUUAACUUAUGUAAUAUUAUAUACUAUGGUAUAUAUACUAAAUAGUGAACUACAAAGUGUUUGAUUCCCUCCUGAAAACGUCACGGACUAGCCCAUCUUUGGCCAACCCCUCAGUAGCCGGUGUUCCGUGACUCGACCAGAAAAAUGAUGCAACUGUUGCCGGUUGACUGUCGCCUUCAGAAGUACAAAGAGAAACGAAUGGCGUUAGCCCGCGUGUUGGGGGAACGUUCUCUGGCUUCUUGUUGAAUACAUGGCUCGGUUUGGGUGUUACAGGUGAAAGGACAACAACACACUCCCUGUAACUUAGAGGUGUCUCAUUUUGGACUCGGAACAGUCAGUGAUGAAUCCCGCCCGUCGCUGUUCGGCUUUAUUGAACCAGCUGUGUGUGUCCUCACGGAAUGGACCGGCAGCUAGGAGACCGUUUUCAACGGGAGCAGUGUCAAACCCGACGGGACCACGAUACUUCGGGGUCGGAGGAAGAGGAGUCACAGGGACUUGUCCCCAGCUGAAGCCAAGCGGAACUUCCACCACUGGGGCAGCACCAGUUUGUCCAAUGGGUGGUGGCAGCAGCAGGUUGUUUGGUACGUUGGCCCAGUCGCUGAACAGCUCCUCCUUGGCCCAACCAGACCCGUACCCAGAAGAAAGCCCAGACCAGGACCUGGCCGAGGUAGACCCAGACCAGCUGCUCAGAGAAUGUGAGGAUGUCCUGCAGAGGCGACCGGCCCGGCCACACCGGGAUCUGGUCUAUCCCAGCACCACAGCGCCCUGUCACCAUAAUGACAACCCCUCCAUACGGGUGAUGCAGUGGAACAUACUUGCCCAAGCUCUUGGUGAGGGGAAGGACGGGUUUGUCCGCUGUCCACUGGAGGCUCUCAACUGGCAGGAAAGGAAGUACUUGAUCCUGGAGGAGAUCCUCACCUACCGGCCCGACAUCCUGUGUCUACAGGAAGUGGACCACUACUACGACACUUUUCAGCCAAUCAUGGCCAGCCUGGGUUACCAUGGCAGCUUUCUGGCAAAACCCUGGUCUCCCUGUCUGGAUGUAGAGCAGAAUAACGGUCCUGACGGCUGCGCUCUGUUUUAUCGCCACUCACGCUUCUCCCUCCAGGCCACAGCUCACCUGCGGCUGUCAGCCAUGAUGCUGCCCACCAACCAGGUAGCCAUCGUUCAGACGUUGAACUGCCGGGUAACGGGCCGACAGCUGUGCGUGGCCGUCACCCAUCUGAAAGCUCGUAAUGGCUGGGAGAGGCUGCGGAGUGCACAGGGUGCUGAUCUGCUGCAGAGUUUACGAAACAUAACGUCCCGGGGUGGCGGUCAGAGUGAGGCAGCGUCAGCCAUCGUUCCUUUAGUAGUGUGUGGGGACUUUAACGCAGAGCCCUCAGAGGACGUUUACAGACGCUUCAGCUCCUCCCCCCUCGGCCUAAACUCUGCGUACAAGCUGUUGAGCUCUGACGGACAGACGGAACCAGCCUAUACCACGUGGAAGAUCCGCCCCUCUGGUGAGAGCUGCAGCACGCUUGACUACAUCUGGUAUACCCAUGAUGCUUUGAGUGUGGACUGUCUGUUGGACAUUCCCACUGAAGAGCAGAUAGGUCCAGACCGCCUCCCCUCCUACCACUACCCCUCUGACCAUUUAUCACUGCUCUGUGACAUCAGUUUCAGGGAGGAACCUCAUAGGUUGAUGUAGGUUCCAGUCACAGGAGCUCUGGACCAAUAGGAGGACUGAAUGAGGCUACUGCUUAUCAAUGAUGAAGUUACACUGUAAAUCAGAGUUAGGACAGUUCAGAGUGUGACUUUGAAGUGGAUCAUGGUGGAACCUGAUUUCAGAGUGAAUAAUUUACAAUGUGUCCCUUCCUGUAACAAUGCUAUUAUUUUAAAGAUGGUCAUCAUAGGAACUUCAAACAGUUAAGAAGUUAAAUUUGACUCUGACACGAGUCACACUGGAGCCUGUCAGUCUUCUAACCCUUUAACAAAAUGUUCUGGUUAUUCAGCAGCUGAGGGGCCAACUGCACUUAGUUAUUAUUGCCUAUAUACAUAGAAGACUGUAUCUUAAUUUUAUUAAAUUAUUCUUUAUACUUUUAUCAGUUGAUUUUACCAUUAUCAACAGGUUUUCCUUUAGUUUCCCUAAAUGAAUUAUUUUGCACUGAAGUAAUCCCAGGUGGUUCUUCAGUUUGACAUUGGUCAUCAUGACGUGUUGUUGCUGUGACUACACUGAACAUAAGGAGAAAUGUUAAUAUAUAAAAGAUAAAUAAAGAAAUGAAUUUUACUCA